AUGGCUGUCGAAGAAAUGCAAUUGAGCAAUUCGCAACGAAUGAGUUUUGCCAUUCAUGAAAUCCUUGGAAUACCCGUGAGUUAGCCUAUCUUCAUUGCAUUAUUAUUUUCAAUAAUGUUUGUAGGGAAACGCCUAUUUAUCGCAUGGAUAUUGUCCGCAAGGUCCGUUUUUUCCGCAACAGGGAUUUAUGGAUAUUGGUGGAUGUGGAGUUUCGGGAUUUGGUGGAGGGGCAAAUGGCGGAAUUCCGAAUAGUAUUGAUACAAUGAGCAAUGGUGAGUUGGGAGAAGAAAUGAAAAACAACAUAAAUAUCUAAAGAAAUUGGACUUUAUGAUAUGAUUUCAAAAUCUAGAAUCAGUCGGAGUAUUGAAUUAAAACAUUCGGAGAAAUUUUGAGAUUAUCAUCUUCUAGGUAAACGAUGAAUGAAAACAAUGUCCAAAAAUUGAAAUCUGAUUUUUUGAAUCGGGUUCUUUUUUAUCACAUAGAUUCGCUUCAGUUCCCGAAUAGAAGAAUCAUAAAUUGAUUCCAAGAAUUUUAUUAAUCUAAAUUUUGAAACGUAAAUUUCCCAGGACCGAUUGAGGAGCCAUUCUAGAUUGAUUCAAUUUUGUUCAACAAACACUUAUAGAACAUCAUCGCUUUUUCGAAACCCAGAUUGAAGAACACACUAUUUUGAAACCUAAUUUAUCCGGGUUUGGGAAAAAUAAUAGAGAUCGUAGAAUAUUCCAUUAUUCACCCAAAAAACUUGCAGGUCAAAACACUCUAAUGUACAGUAUGCCAACUACAACUACAUCAACAACAACAUCUUCCUCAUCAACAUCUCAACAAAUCGAAGCAGCUUCUCCAGGAAGUGGAGGUGGAAAAUCGAAUGGCGGAGGGAAGCGAAAGAAACGAAGACAUCGCACUAUUUUCACACAAUUUCAAAUCGACGAGUUAGAAAAAUCAUUUCAAGAGGCGCAUUAUCCAGAUGUUUAUGCUAGAGAAGUUCUGAGUGGAAAAACCGAAUUGGCUGAGGAUCGAAUUCAGGUGAACUUUUGAAAAAAUGUAGAAAAGUUCACAAUUUUGCUCUUGUAUGAGAGAAGCAAGCCAUUUCCAACGGAAAUCCAAUUGACACUUGUUCCCUUUUUUCUUCUUACACUUCAAAAUUGCAAUAAAAAGGCGGCGGCCGACAUAAAACUUCCCACCCCUAAUUGGAUGUGUUUUUUCUCAUUCUUCUUCUUCUUCCAGUUACCAAAAACAUGAGGAAACCUGAUACAUAUUUAGGAAAAGAUUAGGAGGGUGACUCGAACAACGUAACCUAAUAUUUAUUUUAUGUAGGUUUGGUUCCAAAAUCGACGAGCAAAAUGGCGAAAAACCGAAAAGACUUGGGGAAAAUCGACGAUUAUGGCUGAAUAUGGAUUGUAUGGGGCAAUGGUGAGACAUUCGUUGCCACUUCCAGAAACUAUUACAAAAACAGCAGAGACUUCGGAUCCACAACAAAGUGCUGCACCGUGGUUGUUAGGUAAGAGGAAUUGGGGAAUAGGAAGAUGCGGUAUUUGGGAUAUUUAGAGACAGAUGGUCGGAUUAUAUAAGUGGUUAACAAAAAAAAUGAAUGUGCAAAAAUGUUCCCAGAAAGCAUUGAAAUUUCAGUUCUAAAAAAAUCCGUUAUCUAAAAAAAAACAUUUACAAAAUUCAAAAUGAGCAAUUUCCACGUGAGGACAAAAAGUACCAGAUUUUUAUGUCCUUAUCAAAUUUUUCAAUUAAAUUUUGGCAAGAGGUUUUCAGAAUUGAGCUUCAUUUAAAACUAAAUUACUAAGAUGUGAAAUUUUCAGUUUCUGGUUGAACAUUCCACGGAAUUUUCUGAACAGACAAGUUUUUUUUAUCAAAAAACUUUUCCAGGAAUGCACAAGAAAAGCAUGGAAGCAGCCGCACAUUUAGAAAGCGUCGAAAAAAUCUGCGAUAUGUCAGAUAGCGAAGAUGAUGAUGGUCAAAUUCAGGACAAACCUGAGUAUAAGGUGAGUUUUUUCCGGUUAAAUUUUAUGUCUAAACUAAAAAUGUUCUCUAGAUAAUCCCAGCUCAUCAAUCAACACAUUUCGACUCAAAUUUAGUGGAUCCUUCCACACUUGGCCAACUUCACUUUCAAAAUUCAAUGAUGCCAAAUAAUAAUUCUCUCAAACUAUAUCACGACUAUACGAAUUCUCUCUAG